UAUUUAUUUCAGUUGCUUGAAGAGAAUAUUAUGACAUUUAUGAAGAACGAGCUGAAGAUGUUCAAGAGGAUUCUUAGUCCAGAACUCCCAGAAGGCUUUGAGAGUCAGAAGCAGGAUAAGGAAGUGGAUGCUGAAGAUGAGAAGCAGGAGAGCAGUGCCAGAGAGGGGGCUCUGAAGAUCACACUGCACGUACUGAGGAAAAUGAACCAGAAGGAGCUUGCUGACACACUGGAGAAAUAUGAGCUUGCUGUGAUUUGCCAACGUGAACUCAAAUCUAAUCUAAAGAAGAAGUUUCAAUGUGUAUUUGAGGGGAUCGCUAAACAAGGAAACCCAACACUUCUCAAUAAGAUCUACACAGAGCUCUACAUCACAGAGGGUGGAACAGGAGAGGUCAAUAAUGAACAUGAGCUGAGACAGAUUGAGACAACAACCAGGACACAAGCAAGACCAGAGACUGCAAUCAAAUGUAAAAACAUCUUCAAACCCUUAACUGGACAAGACAAACUUAUCAGAACUGUGCUGACAAAGGGAGUCGCUGGCAUUGGAAAAACAGUCUCUGUGCAGAAGUUCAUUCUGGACUGGGCUGAAGGAAUAGCAAAUCAGGAUGUCCAGUUUGUAUUUUCAUUCCCUUUUCGGGAGCUGAAUUUGAUGAAAGGGGAAAAAUACACUUUGACUGAACUUCUCAAUCACUUCUCAAUGGAAACCAAAGAAUCAAGAAUCUUAAACUAUGACAAAUACAAAGUUCUGUUCAUCUUUGAUGGUCUGGAUGAGUGCCGACUGCCCCUAGACUUCCAGAACAACAAGAUCUGUUGUGACGUCACAAAGUCAACCUCAGUGGAUGUUCUGCUGACAAAUCUCAUCAAGGGAAACCUGCUUCCCUCUGCUCUCCUCUGGAUAACUACCCGACCUGCAGCAGCCAAUAAGAUCCCUUCAGAGUGUGUUGACCAGGUGACAGAGGUACGAGGGUUUAAUGACCCACAGAAGGAGGAGUACUUCAGGAAGAGAUUCAGUGAUGAGGACCUGGCCAGCAGAAUCAUCUCACACAUAAAGACAUCAAGGAGCCUCCACAUCAUGUGCCACAUUCCAGUCUUCUGUUGGAUAUCUGCAAUAGUGCUUGAACACAUGUUGAAACAUAAGAGAGAAGAGAUGCCCAAGACUCUGACAGAGAUGUACACACACCUUGUGGUGUUUCAUACCAUAAAGAAGAACGAAAAGUAUCUUGGGAAAGAAGAGACAGGUCCACACUGGAAUAAAGAGAGUAUUCUGUCACUGGGAAAACUGGCUUUUCAACAGCUUGUGAAUGGCAAUCUGAUUUUCUAUGAAGAAGACCUGAAAGAGGCUGGCAUUGAUGUCAAUGAAGCCUCAGUAUACUCAGGAUUGUGCACACAGCUCUUUAAAGAGGAAUGUGGGCUGUACCAGGACAAGGUGUACUGCUUCGUGCAUCUGAGCAUUCAGGAGUUUCUGGCUGCUGUAUAUGUGUUCCUCUCAUUCAGCAACAACAAUGAGAAUCUAAUGGCCAAACCACAAUCAACAUCCAGGGACCUUCCUUUGAGGAUCAGACACAAGCCUGAAGUUACUCUCUACAAGAGUGCUGUGAAUAAAGCUUUACAAAGUGAGACGGGAAACCUGGACCUUUUCCUCCGCUUCCUUCUGGGCCUCUCACUGGAGUCUAAUCAGAAGCACUUACGAGGUCUACUGACAAAGACAGGAAGCAGCUCACAGAGCCAGGAAGAAAUAGUUAAGUACAUUAAGGAGAAGAUCAGGGAGAAUCCCUCUCCAGAGAGGUGCAUCAAUCUGUUCCACUGUCUGAAUGAACUGAAUGACCAUUCUCUAGUGGAGGAGAUCCAAAGAUACCUGAGAUCAGGAAGUGUCUCUGGUGAAGAACUCUCACCUGCACAGUGGUCAGCUCUGGUCUUUGUGUUGCUGACUUCAGAAAAGGAGCUGGAUGUGUUUGACCUGAAGAAAUACUCCAGAUCAGAGGAAGGUCUUCUGAGGCUGCUGCCAGUGGUCAAAGUCUCCAGAGCUGCUCUACUGUCAGGCUGUGGAGUCACAGAGGAAGGCUGUGCUUCACUGGCCUCAGCUCUGAAGUCAAACCCCUCACACCUGAGAGAGCUGGACCUGAGUAACAAUGACCUGAAGGAUUCAGGUGUAAAGUUGCUCUCUGCUGGACUGGAGAAUCCCCACUGUAAACUGGAGACUCUGAGGCUGUCAGGCUGUCAAGUCACAGAGGAAGGCUGUGCUUCUCUGGUCUCAGCUCUGAAAUCAAACCCCUCACAUUUGGAAGAACUGGAUCUGACUAACAAUGACUUGAAGGAUUCAGGAGUGAAGCGACUCUCUGAUGGACUGGGGAAUCCCCACUGUAAACUGGAGACUCUGAGGCUGUCACACUGUCAAGUCACAGAGGAAGGCUGUGUUUAUCUGGUCUCAGCUCUGAAGUCAAACCCCUCACACCUGAGAGAGCUGGACCUGAGUAACAAUGACCUGAAGGAUUCAGGAGUGAAGCUGCUCUCUGAUGGACUGGGGAAUCCCCACUGUAAACUGGAGACUCUGAGGUUGUCAGGCUGUCUAGUCACAGAGGAAGGCUGUGCUUCUCUGGUCUCAGCUUUGAGGUCAAACCCCUCACACCUGAGAGAGCUGGACCUGAGCUACAAUCACCCAGGAGACUCAGGAGUCAGACUGCUCUCUGCUGGACUGGAGGAUCCACACUGCAGACUGGAGAAACUCAGUCUGGAACAUGGUGGAGAGAACACAAUGAAACCUGGGCUAAGAAAAUAUACCUGUGAUCUCACAAUGGACCCAAACACAAUAAACAUACACCUCUCUCUGUCUGAGGAGAACAGAAAGGUGACAUGGAGGACAGAGGAGCAGCCGUAUCCUGAUCACCCAGAGAGAUUUGAGGAUGAUGAACAGGUGCUGUGUAGAGAGGGUCUGACUGGACUCUGUUACUGGGAGGUAGAGUGGAGUGGGAAAGCAGCUGAUAUAGGAGUGACAUAUAAAGGAAUCAGCAGGAGAGGAAGGGGUAAUGACUGUGUGAUUGGAUACAAUGACAAGUCCUGGAGUCUGUUCUGCUCUGACAACAGUUAGAGUGACAAUCUCACUCUCAUAGCCGUCCCCUCCUCCAGCUCCCACAGAGUAGGAGUGUAUCUGGACUGGCCAACCGGCACUCUGUCCUUCUACAGAGUCUCCUCUGACACACUGACCCACCUGUACACAUAUCACACCACAUUCACUGAGCCCCUCUAUCCAGGAUUUAUGGUUUGGGAUGAUGACUCCUCAGUGUCCCUGUGUCAGGUGUUCAUGGGGCCAAAAACAACAUGAUGUUUCACUCUAAUCAUGUGUUUUAUGUUUGAUCACAAUAUGACAUGUAAAUACAUGGAGGAACACACACACACACCAGUUUGGACCGGUUUAUUCCUGGAAAUAAUAACCAUGGUAACUCUGUGUCAAUGGACACACACAUUCGCACACUGGACAAACAAUAACACACACUGUGUCAAACACAACAUGAUGUUUCACUCUAACCAUGUGUUUUAUGUUUGAUCAAAAUAUGACAUUUAAAUACACACACACACGCCAGGUUGGACCAGUUUAUUCCUGUAAACAAUAACCAUGGUAACUCUGUGUCUUUCUCUUUCUGUGAUCCUGUGCCCUGUGAGAACGGUUCAGAUGCACCACACACACACUGGACACACACACACACUGGACACACACAUUGUUCACACACACACACACACACAAUAUCCAGCAACUUUGCACAGCCAUUGAAGAGGAGUGGGACUCCGUUCCACAGGCCGCAAUCAACAGACUGAUCAACUCUAUGCGAAGGAGAUGUGUGGCGCUGCAUGAGGCAAAUGGUGGUCACUGGAGAUACUGAAUGUUUUCUGAUCCACGCUCCUAUUUCCAGUUGAAGUCGGAAGUUUACAUACACUUAGGUUGGAGUCAUUAAAACUAGUUUUUCAACCACUCCACAAAUUUCUUGUCAACAAACUAUAGUUUUGGCAAGUCGGUUAGGACAUCUACUUGGUGCAUGAUGCAAGUAAUUUUUCCUUAAACUUAUUGUUUACAGAGAUUAUUUCCCUUAUAAUUCACUGUAUCAUAAUUCUAGUGGGUCAGAAGUUUAAAUACACUAAGUUGACUGUGCCUUUAAACAGCUUGGAAAAUUCCAGAAAAAGAUGUCAUGGCUUUAGAAGCUUCUGAUUUGAGUCAUUUGGAGGUGUACCUGUGGAUGUAUUUCGAGGCCUACCUUCAAACUCAGUGCCUCUUUGCUUGACAUCAUGUGAAAAUCUAAAGAAAUCAGCCAAGACCUCAGAAAAAAAAAUUGUAGACUGCCACAAGUCUGGUUCAUCCUUGGGAGCAAUUUCCAAAUGCCUGAAGGUACCACGUUCAUCUGUACAAACAAUAGUACGCAAGUAUAAACACCAUGGGACCACGCAGCAGUCAUACCGCUCAGGAAGGAGAUGCGUUCUGUCUCCUAGAGAUGAACAUACUUUGGUGCGAAAAGUGCAAAUCAGUCCCAGAACAACAGCAAAGGACCUUGUGAAGAUGAUGGAGGAAACAGGUACAAAAGUAUCUAUAUCCACAGUAAAAUGAGACCUAUGUCGACAUAACCUGAAAGGCUGCUCAGCAAGGAAGAAGCCACUGCUCCAAAACCGCCAUAAAAAAAAGCCAGACUACGGUUUGCAACUGCACAUGGGGACAAAGAUUGUACUUUUUGGAGAAAUGUCCUCUGGUCUGAUGAAACAAAAAUUGAACUGCUUGGCCAUAAUGACCAUCGUUAUGUUUGGAGGAAAAAGUGCGAGGCUUGCAAGCCGAAGAACACCAUCCCAACCGUGAAGCACGGGGGUGGCAGCAUCAUGUUGUGGGGGUGCUUUGCUGCAGGAGGGACUGGUGCACUUCACAAAAUAGAUGACAUGAGAUAGGAAAAUUAUGUGGAUAUAUUGAAGCAACAUCUCAAGACAUCAGUCAGGAAGUUUAAGCUUGGUCGCAAAUGGGUCUUCCAAAUGGACAAUGACCCCAAGCACACUUACAAAGUUGUGGCAAAAUGGCUUAAGGACAACAAAGUCAAGGUAUUGGAGUGACCAUCACAAAGCCUGUGGGAGAAAGAUGUACAUAUAGGGAGGAACAUAAUACUGUAACACAAGAGAAAGAUACACUUAGAGUGCAUUUGCCAUUCUGGUAAUAUUUGAACCGAUCUCAAUGCCACAGAAAAUGUGUGGGCAGAACUGAAAAAACAUGUCUGAGCAAGGAGUCCAACAAACCAGCUCUGUCAGGAGGAAUGGGCCACAACUCACCCAACUUAUUGUGGGAAGUUUGUGGAAGGCUACCCGAAACGUUUGCCCAAGUUAAACAAUUUUAAGGCAAUGCUACCAAAUACUAAUUGAGUGUAUAUAAACUUCUGACCCCCGGGGAAUGUGAUGAAAGAAAUAAAAGCUGAAAUAAAUCAUUCUCUCAACUAUUAUUCUGACAUGAUCCUAACUGACCUAAGACAGGACAUUUUUACCAGGAUUAAAUGUCAGGAAUUGUGAACAACUGAGUUUAAAUGUACUCGGCUAAGGUGUGUGUGUCAUGCCCUGACCUUAGAGAUCCUUUUUAUUCUUUAUUUUGGUUAGAUCAGGGUGUGACUAGGGUGGGCAAUCUAUGUUUUCUAUUUCUUCUUUGGCUGGGUAUGGUUCCCAAUCAGAGGCAGCUGUCUAUCGUUAUCUCUGAUUGGGGAUCAUAUUUAGGCAGCCUUUUUUUUCACCUGUCGUUUGUGGGAUCUUGUUUUUGUAUAGUUGCUGUUUAGCGUUAGAGCUUUACGUUUGUUUGUAUUUAGUGUUUUCUUGGUGUUUGUUUAAUAAAGGAAUGAUGUACGCC